AUGGGCCCCAUGAAGGCAAUGAAGGCCUGGACUCGGACGUGCUUCGUGAGUGAUGUGAGUGCAGUUGACCCACUGAGCGCGAUGAAGUCCAUGAAGGCGAUGAAGGCGGCGCGCGCAGCUCCGAAGGGGGAGGUUGCCAACCAGCUGGCUACGAGCACGGGCUUGAAGAAGAGCGACGUGAUGACCGUGCUGGAUACCCUGGCCGACAUCGGCACAAAGGAGUUGAAGAAAGCAGGCAAGUUCACCCUCCCAGGACUUGUGAUGAUCAAGACCCGCAAGAAGGCGGCCACGAAGGCCGGGAAGAGGAUGAUGUUCGGCAAGGAGGUGAAGGUGAAGGCAAAGCCCGCCAAGACCGUGGUGAAGGCAUUCCCCGUCAAGGCCGUGAAGGACCAGUUUUGA